AUGGCUUCCAGGGCGAAGAGGCGGGCGGUGGGGCUCGAGACUCCGCGGCCGCCGGGGCCCCCGGCCCAUCGCGAGGAGGACGAGGAGGAAGAGGAAACUGAGUUUGAGGACAGUGACGAGGGCGACAGUGAGGAGGAGGACGAGCUCGUGGACCAGGAAGUGAACGUUGAAUUUGAAGCGUAUUCCAUCUCCGAUAGAGAUUAUGAUGGGAUUAAGAGACUACUGCAGCAGCUUUUUCUAAAGGCUCCUGUGAACACAGCAGAACUCACGGAUCUCCUGAUACAGCAGAACCACAUCGGGAGUGUGAUCAAGCAAACAGAUGUAUCUGAAGACAGUGGUGAUGAAGUGGAUGUGGAUGAAGAUGAGAUUUUUGGCUUCAUAAGCCUUUUCAAUUUGACCGAGAGAAAGGGGACCCAGUGUGCGGAGCAAAUUAAAGAGCUGAUCCUGCACUGCUGUGAGCAGAAUGCAGAGAAGAGCGUGGUGGAGCGACUGGACAGGGUGCUCGGGGACACGAGCAGGCCGGUGGGCCUCCUCCUGAGCGAGCGGUUCCUCAACGUGCCGCCGCAGAUUGCCCUGCCCAUGCACCAGCAGCUGCAGAAAGAAGUGGCAGAGGCACACAAAACGAAUAAGCCGUGUGGGAAGUGUUACUUCUACCUUCUAAUCAGUAAGACGUUCGUGGAAGCAGGGAAGACCAACUCCAGGAAGAAGUGGGGCGACCCGAAGAAAGAGGAGCUCAUGUUUGCAAACGCAGAGGAGGAGUUUUUCUACGAGAAGGCCAGCCUCACCUUCAGCUACUCGGUGCAGGAGGAGAGCGACUCGUGCCUGGGUGGCCGGUGGUCCUUUGACGACGUCCCCAUGAAGCCCCUGCGUACAGUGAUGCUGGUGCCGGCCGAGAGGCUGGGCGAGAUCAUGGACACGCUGACCCAGCACCUCUCCCUCUGA